AUGGUGGGGUUGGUUUUGCUCAAGGCGCUGGUCACCAGGCUGCUGUUCGUGCUGCACUCUCUGGUCGCCGUGUGGCGAGUGACCUGGGUGAAGAAAGAGCACCGUUACUGGCUGCUGGCCCUGCUCAACCUCUUGCUGGUCCUGGAGACAGUGCUUACCCUCAAGUUCAAGCGCGGCAGAGGCUACAAAUGGCUUUCUCCGGCCAUCUUUUUAUACCUGAUCAACAUCAUGCCAUCCUUGUGGCUCCUUGAAUUGCACCAUGGAAACCAGAAUUGCAGCAUCCUGGCACAGAACAUCAGCAGCGGAGGAAACGUCAAUCAAACCUCGACAUCCCAGAGACCUACCAACGGAGUGGGAACGAUCAUAUAUUUGACCUCGGAGCUCCUAGAUACCUUAUCCUCGGUUUGUGAUCCAGUCUGGACCCUAGCACUCCAUCAAACGCUGCUGUUAAUAUUGAUCCUUGGACGGUGGCUUCUGCCCAUUGGAGGCACUAUUACUAGAGACCAACUCUCAGAACUUCUUCUGAUGUUUGUGGGGACAGCGGCGGACAUACUGGAAUUCACCACUGAGACUCUGAAGGAAGAUAACGUCAGGACUAACCUUAUACUGGUCUGUGGCAUCCUUGCCGUAUGGACAUGGAGUAUGCUACAGUUUCCCCUGGACCUGGCAGUCCAGCUGAAACUGGUAUGCCCCUCUUCUGUGAAAGCCAGGGGCUUCCUCAGGCUCUUCCUGUGCCAGUACAGUGCAGAUCUAUGGGCCAUCGGGCUCAGCUUCUUCAUCCAAGAUGGUCCCUUCCUUGUGGUGCGCCUCGUCCUGAUGAUCUACUUCCGAGUGAUCAACCACAUGCUGGUGUUCUUCGCCGUGAAGAAUUGCCUGGUGAUGGCGCUGCACUUCUAUCGGCUGGUGGCUUUGAUCAUGGCCACCCAGGCUUCCAUGCAAGAUGGUCCAGAAAGGCUCCAGGCACGGCCCAGUGUCCCAGACCAGCCCUCUGAGAGCAGUCCCAGUGAGUGGGAGGAUAUCUCCAGGGAGGCCGUGCCUUUGCAAAACUCACCUGUCACCUCUGAGGAGUCCUACCCCAUACCUUAGGUGCUUGUUCCCCUCAUGCAGCCAGGAACUUAACUCAUUGUCUUCUUAGAGUCUGGUUCUCUUUCUACUCCCACCCGCACCCAAUUUUCACCUACAACAGCUUUUAAGGAAACAACACGAACAAAUGAUCUUGUAUUACAGGCAACUUACUCUUCAAUUUUUCAUCUGAAUGGAAGAAACUUUGAUGCGUGCCUACCUUUACAACCUCGUACCAUGGUAGCAGACAUUACCCAACUCUGAGAACCACUCGUAAGUGGUUGGUUCUCAUGGAACUGUUUGGAAGGUUAUAGACAGGGCUGUCAUGGCACAUCUUCCAAAGAUUUAGGGCUGACAAUUACCAUCCUCACCAUCAACCUUCUAGGGUGACAUGGUUAUACAGAGCCUUUAACUGUGUUGGGACCAGUACAGUCUCUCAUCUGGUGUUCUCAUCUGAUGUCUCUCUGAUAUGUAUAUAUACACAUUGAAUAUAUAUUGAACAAAUGGGGAAACAUGCUUUUAAAAUAAGCUUGCUGUGAGGUGGAAGCUUGGAAUUCAAGCUGUCCAGCUUAUUCAGUGAAAAACAAAAUAGCCAUGGUAGCUUCACAGUCCCACCAAGGAAUAUCCUUCUUCUGGACCAAGGUGGUAUUCUGCCAUGGUAGAUAUGUUCUUAGAGAAUAGUGACAACUUCGGGCUUGGGUCCAUAAAGUUGACAGCAGGCCCUUUAGGUUCGAAUAGCAAGUUAGUUCGCUUUUUCUGCAUUGUCAAAGUGCAUCACAU